AUGUAUCUGUUAUAUAUUAAAUGAUUCAAUCAGUUUUACUUAAAUAUAGCAUACAUGUAAAUUAUACAUAAGAUAUAUACCUAGGUGUUUUGUGUGUAUAUCAACUUUGAAUCAAAAAACUAUACUAACGUGUUUAGUUUUAAGUUAUUAUUAUUAAUAUGGAUUACACAAAUAAGUAAUCGUUUUUAUUUAUAUUUUGGGAAUCUUAUUUGCUCGAUAAUUUCCCACAAACAUGUGCGAUCAAAGUUCCGUGCAAUAUAAUGAUGGGGAUGUAGUAUGGGUGAAAUUGGGACCGUGUUGGUGGCCUGGUGAAGUUCAUGAUAUCAAACGAGUGCCACCUGAAAUACAACCGGGUCUCAAAAAACCACCAAUUGCAUAUGUACAUUUUUUUCAAGAAGAUAAAUAUGAAUACGUCAGAAGUUUAGAUUACAUAUAUCAUUAUAAUUGCCGAAGGAAACAUGAAUUUAUUAAAAAAGGAUUGGAUAUGCAUCGUGCGAAACAAAAGCAUAUGGAUAAAUUUCCAGUGGAUGUUUGUACAGCAGAAACACUCACAAAUGGUGAUCCCGACAUAAUAACAAGUGAAGAAUUUGCUCCACAGCAAAAAGUUAGUUAUGCAAAUUUAUUUGGUUCUCCUGCCAAUCGUAAAUCAACAUCAAUGAAACGAAUUAGUCUAGGUGGCUCUGGUGGUAAACCUGGCCGUGGUAGAAAAAGUGGCACUCCGAAAUUAUUGGCUACAAGCACACCAACACGUUUUAUCAACCCAUUAUUAAACAAUAAAAAAUAUGAGGCCCACGAUCUUACAAAAGGUGUUGAUACUUCACUCGCUCCAGCAGUUAGUGAUAAUUCAACAAAUGUUAUACUCAGUUGUGAUCGAUGUAAUUACACUUGUACAAGAAUAAAUGUAAUUGCAUACCAUAUUAAAAUGCAUAUUGCUGAAGAUAAUGGUACCAUAUUAUCAGGUAAAGGUAAAAAGAAAUCAAAAUCGAAGAUGUCACCACAAAAUAAAUUAUCAAAAAUAUCACGAUGUUCGACACUGACAAUUGACGAAGAUUUAGAAUUGUUAAGAAAAGGUAUUGAUCUGUCCACAUAUGAUUAUCAGAAAAAGAAAUACAAAUCUCCUAAAAUCAAAUUUGCUAAAACAUUAAAACUCACCGAGAAAAAGAAAAAUAGUAAAAAAGAUACUACAAAGGGUAUUAGUAAUUUAUUGGCUGAUUGGGAUGAUAGCGGAAGUGAAAAAGAAGAAGAUAAUACUGUUAAAUCAGUUGAUACGAGUUUAAAUGAAACCGGUAUUAGUGAAUUACAGGCAUCCCAAACAGAAGAGGGGUCUAAAACAGAUACUACUGCAGAAAAAUCAUGUUUCGAUUUCGAAGAGGAUGAAGAAGUUGCAACUAUUAUUAGUAAAUCACCCGGACGUAAAAUACCACGGGUUAUUCCAGAAAAUCAGAAGGCUAAAACACCCGAAACUGGAUUAGAUAUAUCAAAUGAUAUGAGUACAGAACCUAAAUCUGCUCUAAAAGAAGUAGACAAUGUUGACAAAACAAUAAAAGGGAAGAGGAAUAGAAAAUCAAAAGUCGAGUUUGAAGAAAUGACAACACAAAUUCCCGAUUAUACAGAGACAAUUGAAAAACAAUUCGAUCAAAUUAUGGCUGAAACCGCUUUACCAGAAUUGACGUUGUUAACUACGGAAUCAACACCUUUACUUAGUGAUACAAAAACACCCGACAAAAAAUCGCGCGUUAGAAAAAAAUACGAAUUAUUUUCGAAGGAUAAAUCUCCAAUAUCAUCCGAUCAUAAAGAAUCUGAUUCAGAAACUAUAGUUAACUCGGAUAAAAAAGUGCGUGGUAAAAAGAAAUCUGAAAUUUCCAGAACAGAAAUUUCUACAGAGCAACAAGAAUCUGAAAAAGAAACAGAUAAAAAUUUAACAAGUAAAGAUGAAUCUUCACAUGAUAAAAAUAAGUCUGAAUCAGAUAAUAAGGUGCUGGAAUCGGAAUUACAUGAACCACGAGGAAAAAGAAGAUUAGAAAUUAAAAAUAAAGUUGUAGAAAAACAAGAAAGUUCCAUUGAGACGGACCAAGAAAGCCAUAAAAAGAAAGUUGAAAAUGAAGAAAAAGUUUCUGAAAGCAUUCAACCUAAACAUGAAUCAACUCAUGCAACACGUGGUAAACGAAAGUCUGAACUUAUUCCUAAAGAAAAAUUAUCCGAAGAUAUUGAACAAGUUGAACCUUCCAGUAAAAAGAGAGCGGAUGAAACAAAAUUGAUUGAAAUUACUGAACAAAAAGAAACACGUGGGCGACAAAAAUCAGAAAGUUCCUCAAAAGAAAAAAUUUCAAAUGAAACGCCAGAACGAAAAGAAACACGUGGUAGAAAAAAAUCUGUGAGUCCAAUGAAAGAAAUGAAAGUAGUGGAAGUUCCAGUUUUAGAUCAAAAAGAAUCAGAACUUAAAUCGAAAAAGUCAAAAUCUGAUUUCAAAGAAAAAUCCCCUGAAUUGAAAUUAGAGAAGUUGUUUUCUGAGAAACCAGAGAAAAAAAUUCGGGGGAGGAAAUCAACUCCAGUUAUUGAUAAACUUGACGAAAAUGUUGUAGAAACGAUUGCUCAUGUAAACGAAUUAUCAAAUGUUGUGGAUUUAGGAAAAAAAACGAGACAUAGUAAAAAAUUUGAACCAGUCCAAAUCGAACCUGAUUCCGAGCCUUUCAGCGAAUCUUUAAUGGUGGAUACUUCUUCUAAAAAAUUACUUCCAAAGCGUAGAGGAUUAUCUACAGUGAUACCAAAAGAUUUUAAAGAUAUUUAUAAUAAAAGUGAUUCAUUACAAACUGCGGUUAAAGAUAAUGAAAAAAUUGAAGAAAACCUAGAAAUUCUUUCACAAAAUAAGCCGCAAAUGGAAACCGAACUGACAGAAGAUAUUGUAAAAUCUAAGUCAGAAGAAAAAAAUCAAGAUGUGAAGGAAUUGACACAAGAAACAAAAACUGACGCAAAAUCAGAUACACCUAAACGAUCCAGAAGACAAACUAAGACGGAAACUCCAAAAGCAGAAAUAAAAGAUACUAAUAAAGAAGAAUUUAAAACAGAUAUCCAAGAAAAAGCUGGUGAAAUAAAAGUGGAUAAAAAAUCUAAACGCCAAAAAACUGAAAAAAUUAGUGAAUCAAACUUAGAAUUAACUGAAGAAAUUGUUGAAAGCAAAACAGAAAACAAACGUUCCAGGAGGUCACAGAAGAUAAUCGAAAAUUUUGAAGAUAAAACAGAAUUAAAAGUAGAUUCGAAAGAUGAAAACAUUGAAAGCAAAUCAGACAAUAAACGAUCAAGAAGAUCGCAAAAAUUACCCGAGACAGAAGAAUUGAAAAAAGACUCUGCUGAAGAAAAGGCUGCAGAAGAUAAAUCACAACCAAAAUUAGAUGACAAUAUUGACAGUAAAUCUGACAGUAAAAAAAUAAAAAAGUUAUCGAAUAAAUCAGUAGAAAAUUUGGAAGAGAAACAGGAAGAAAUAAAAAUUGACAUUGCAGAUGAAAAUAAACGAUCAACAAGAUCACAUAAACCUACUACAGAAAGUUCAGAAGAUAAACAAGAAGAAUUAAAAAUUGACAAUGUCGAUGAAAAUAAGCGAUCAAGGAGAUCGCACAAAACUACAGAAGCCAUAGAAAAUAAAUCAGAAGAAUCAAAGACUGACAGUUUAGAUGACAAUAAACGGUCAAGAAGGUCUUAUAAACUUGUUGAAAGUUUAGAAGAGAAAUCAGAUGAAUUAAAAAUUGAUACAAUGGAUGAAAAUAAACGAUCAAGGAGAUCGCUUAAAAUUUCAGAAAGUUUAGAAGGCCAAUCGGAAGAAUUAAAAAUUGAUUCUGUGGAUGACAAUAAAAGAUCGAGAAGAUCAAAUAAACCUGCGGAAAGUGUAGAAGAUAGAUCAGAAGAAUUGAAAAUUGACAUUGUUGAUGAAAAUAAACGAUCGAGAAGAUCUCAGAAACUUGCAGAAAAUUUAGAAGAUAAACCAGAAGAAUUAAAAAUUGGCACAGUCGAUGAUAAUAAACGAUCCAAAAGAUUAAAUAAAUCCGCAGAUAUUUUAGAAGAAAACUCUGAAGAAUUAAAAAUUGACACUGUAGAUGAUAAUAAGCGAUCGCGAAGAUCUCAUAAAGCUACAGAAAAUUUAGAUGAUAAAACAGAGGAAUUUCAAAUUGACACUAUAGAUGAAAACAAGCGAACAAAAAAAUCAACAGACAAUUUAGAACAUAAGGAUGAAGAAUUGAAAAUUGACACUGUGGAUGAUAAUAAACGGUCAAGAAGAUCGUAUAAACCUUCAGAAACUUUGGAAGAUAAACCAGAAGAAUUAAAAACCGAUAUAGUUGACGAAAAUAAACGUUCAAGAAGGUCUCAUAAACUUGUUGAAAGCGUAGAAGAAAAAUCAGAAGAAUUAUUAAAAAUUGAUAAUGUUGAAGAAACUAAACGAUCAAGAAAAUCACAUAAAUCAUUAGAAAGUUUAGAAGGAAAAUCAGAAGAGUUAAAAAUUGACACUGUUGAUGAAAAUAAACGAUCAAGAAGAUCACAUAAACUUACCGAAAAUAUAGAAGAUAAACCUGAAGAGAUAAAAAUUGACAUUGUAGAUGAAAAUAAACGAUCGAAAAGAUCUCAAAAACUUACAGAAAAUUUAGAAGAUAAACCAGAAGAGUUAAUAGUUGAUAGUGUGGAUGAAAGUAAACGAUCCAAAAGAUCACAUAAGCCUAUAGAAAUUUUUGAAGAGAAACCUGAUGAACUAAAAAUUGAUACCAUACAAGAAAAUAAACGGUUAAGAAAAUCACACAAGCCUGCAGAAAUUUUAGAAGAAAAUUCGGAAGAUAUAAAAAUUGAUACUGUACAAGAAAAUAAACGAUCAAGAAAAUCACAUAAGCCGGUACAAAAUUUAGAAGAAAAAUCGGAAGAGCUAAAAAUUGAUACAAUUGAUGAAAAUAAACGAUCAACAAGAUCACUUAAACCUGCAGAAAUCGUUGUACAAAAAGCAGAAGAAUUAAAAAUUGACGUGGAUGAAAGUAAACAAGCUAAAAAAUCGCAUAAAGCUGCAGAAAGUUUAGAAGAAAAAGCCAGAGAAUCUAAAAUUGACACGUCUGAUGAAACCAAACGAUCAAAAAAAUCACAUAAAUCUACAGACAAUCUAGAAGAAAAAGCAGAAGAAUCAAAAAUUGACACGUUUGAUGAAAGUAAGCGAUCAAGAAGAUCUCAAAAACCUGCUGAAAUCGCUGAAGAAAAAAUAGAGUUUUUAAAAAUAGAAGCAUCUAUUUUAGAUAAUGAACUUAAAAUAGAUAAUAAACGGUCAAGAAGGUCGCUAAAAUUACCCGAAACUGUGGUGGAAGAAUCGAAAUUAGAAUCCACUGAAGAAAAAAUUGAUAUUAAAUUGGAUAAUAAACGUGUAAAAAGAGGAGCCUACAAACAAUCGGACAGUGAUAAACUUGAUGAAUUUAAACCUGAAUCAAUAGACGAAAAUAAACCUGAAAGUAAACGACUUAGAACUCCAUCAAAAUCAUUCGAAAUUUUAGAAGAUAAAACAGUUGAAGUUGGCAAAGAUAAAGUUGAGGCAACAACAAUUGAAAUUGUAGAAAAAAUUGAACAAAAAUCAGAACCAAAACCAGAUAAACGUUCUAGAAAACAAAAAAUGGAAUAUUUGAAAGAUGAUGAAUCAAAGGCAGAUGAUUUUGGUUCGACAAGUACGAUUAAUAAAUUAGAUGAUAAUUUAGAUAUUUUAGUCCAGAAAUCUAAAACAGACAGUCCUAGAAAAUCAAAGCGAUAUAAAGCGGAUUCUGCAAUUGUUGAAAAUCUCAAUGAAAGUGUAUUACUAAUCAAGGAUACCGCUUCUUCUUUAACGAUGUCUUCGAAUAAACUAGAAACUUUUAUUGGCAGUGAUAUUAAACGGCACAAAUCACCAAUGAAAGAAUUACAUAAAUUUGAUAAAAAUAAGGCUGAUGCAAUUGAUGAAUCUGUUAAAAACUUGAGAGAGGGAGAUAAUAAAAAUGAAACUGCUAAUAAAGUUGAAAUAGAACAAAAAUUAAUUCUUUCACCAAAAAAAGACGAAAUAGAGAAAGAAAAAUUGACUCUUUCACCGAAAAAAGAUGAAAUUGGUAGAAUAAAAUUAAUUCUUUCUCCGAAAAAAGAUGAAAUAGACAAAGCAAAAUUAAUUAUUUCUCCGAAAAAAGAUGAGACAGAUAAAGGAAAGUUAAUUCUUUCUCCAAAAAAAGAUGAAGUAGACAAAAUAAAUGUAAUUCUCUCACCGAAACAAGAUGAACAACCAGAAAAAGAAUUAAUUGAAAAACCUAGAGAACGUUUAAGGAUUUUAAGAAAACGUGGACGUUUUAGUUAUUCAUCGCCGUCUCAUUCUUCUAAAGAAUUGAUUGGCACUGAUGAUGUUUCCGAUAAAACCACAGCUAAUGAGUCUUCAAAUGUUAGUGCAUAUACUUUUCAAGAAAAUACAGGUCUUACCGAUUCCUUGUUACAUAUUAAAAAACCAAGUUUUUCAUAUAGAGAAGCAAGUGCUAAAGCUGCUUUAACGAAUGAAAAUAAACUAAAAGAACAAAGCGAAACACUAUUUGAAAAAACGUUUGAUGAAAAACCAAAAGAUGUGAAAUCACCAACUAAGUUAGAAAAAGAAAAAUCAGAUGACUCAGUUAAAGUUAUGAUUUCAUUAAAUGACUUUAAAAUGGAAGAUAUUCCUUUACCACCAACACCAAGUCAGUCAACAUCGUCUCCAUUAAAGAUAACAUUUAGAGACAAAAGAAUUCAAGAAGCAGAAAAAUCAGAUACCUGCCCCAAUACUUCACAAGAAUUAAAACGAACGCCUAUCAAAUUUGAAAUAUCGAAAAUGAAAGCACAGAUAAAUAAGAAAUUAAUAACAACCCAUAAGAGCUUUCUAGCUGCAGAUGACGAUGACGAAAAUAAAUUCCCACGAAAAAUACAACCAUUACAUUCUGAAACAACCAGUUCUAAACGUACCAAUGAAAAAGAAUGUGAAGCGCCUAAAAAACGAGUUAUGGCAGAUUAUAAAAAAGAAUUAGAUAUGGAAAAAACAAAAGAACGAGAAGAGCAAGAACGAAAAAUGCUAUCGGAAAAUCAAUUUAAAGCGAAAGAAGAUGAAAUAACUGACACAAAAGUUUUAUUGGAUGAAAAUAAAUCAACGGAAGGUACAGCUUUAAAUUUGGUAGCUGAAGUAGAUAUUGAAAAAGACGAGGUGAUGGUGAUUGAUAAAUCAGAUGAAAGUACGAUUAUUGAAAGUAAAAAGCAAGACGAACAAAUUACAUCACCGUUAAAACAUGAAGAUAUAAGUGCUGUGAUUAAUAGUGGAUCAGAAGUGAAAAUUAUUGAUUCAAACUCUGAAAAUUAUGAAGAUAAAGAUAAAAUAGUUCAACAAAUAGUUCACGAAACAUCAGUUGAAACUACAUCUGUAGAAUCUAUUCUUGAACCUUUAGAAAGUAACGAAAUUAACACAACUCCAAGCGUAGUGGAUGUAACACAUAGUGAAACUGAUACGACAUCUAGUAAAAUAGAUACGACACCCAAAAAUGAUGAAGUUGAUAUACUCAAAAACGAUGAAAAUAUCAAAGAAUUGCAAAAUGUUUUGGAGAGUAAAGAUACAAAUGAAACUUUAUUCAAUGAACUAACAAAAUCUGAUGAUCAACUUCUUGUCGCAGAAAUUCAGGAAGGAAAUAAUAAAGACGAUACUUCAGCGAAAUUGCCAUUAACACCUGACAAAUUGGAUGAAAAGUUAGACACAUCUACCAAAGUAGUAACGACCACUGCUUAUGAAGAUGAAUUAGAAUCAAUUGAAAAUGAAAUUCAAAAGAUUACAUCAUCGGAAUCGAGUCCCUGCAAAGCGAAUAUAUUUCCUGAAAAUAUUGCGCUCAUGUCAACACCCACAAAAGAUAACAUCUCAAUGAGUGAUUCUUUAAUCGAUAAUAAAGAUUUAUAUGCUCCACAAUUAAGUGAAUCCGAACAAAAUACUUCGUUAUUAUUAUCGACUGAAACUACAAAAACAACUGAUAAUGAAAAUUCAAUAGAAUCAGAGAUUGCAAAAUUAACCGAUACAAAGCCAGAAGAGGACGAAAUUAUACCCGAACAAGCGUUUUCAACAACAUCAUCCAAAUUAUUAGAAAUACUAGAAUCAAAGGGUGACAAAACAAAAGUUGAAAAGAAAUUAGUACCAGUGACAUUAUCUGAUAGAAAACAAACAUUUGUUGGAUUAACCGCUGCACAAAAACGGACAGUAUCCUUAGGUUCCAAAUUUGGACAGCCUAAAGCAACAAAAUUUGUUAUAAAAUCAUCCCCGAUUAAUAAAGAUACUUCAAGUACUACUAAGAAACCAAAACCAAUUAUUUUAUCCGAAGAAAUUAUUAAACCAGCAAAUAAUGACUUAAAAACUCCACCAACAAAAGGUGUUGCAACAAAACGUAAUUUUGAAGAAGAUAUAGAAGAUAAAGGUGGUAUUAAAAAAUUCAUUAUCGAAAAAGCUGUUGCGGAUUCUUCGACACCAUCAUCGAAUAAAGCAAGCAGAAUAAAACCAACGGUUUUAUCACAAACAAUUAUUACUUCAACUGGAAAAAUCAUUGACGGCAGUUUGGAAACAAAUAAAGAAUCUGUUGAUGAUAAUAUGUUUGAUAUUAAUUCAAUGCCAAUAGUUUUAAGCGACGAUUUGUUAACUCCUGAAAGUAUUGAAAAUAUGCCCAUCGUUCUAUCUAACGAACCAGAAAAAUCGAAUACCGUUCAAAUAAUGAAUAAAUCAGGUAAAGUGAUACCUGAAAAAAUGAAAAUUAUUAGCCAACAAAAACCGAUGAUCAAAUCUGUAGUGCACCAAGGAAUAGCCAAAAAUCAGAAAAUUUAUCAAACUAGUUCCACAAAGCUUCUUUCUAAUAAGACUGCCGUUAUUACUCAACCAGGAAAACCAGAGAAAUUUAUUAUUUUACCAUCAUCAUCAGCCAAUCAAACAACGGGUUCCAAAUAUACAGUUGGGAAGAGACAAAUUCGAACUCCUGGCCAAUCAUCAAUCGUUGUUAGCAAAAGCUUGACAGGUGUGUCUCCCAGUGGAUCUCCUGUAGAUACAAAGCCGAAAUUGCAAUCUGGUAAUAAAGUUAUGGUUGUAACUAACGCACAAGGUCAACAAUCACGAAUUAUACUAUCACCAGCUCAACAAAGAAUGCUAGGGACUAAAAUGGGAACGAAAAUUGUUGCUAGAGGUUCACCUGUAACAAAGGGUACAACAUUAUCUCUUAAUAAUAUUGUGACAUCAAAAGGUGCUAUUUUGACCCCAACUUCAACCCUUGUUCAAACUAAAACACAAACAGGUUCGCCUCAAACGGUUGUUACCUCCAAAGGACAAUUAUUAACAUCAGUUCAUAGUCAAUCAAUAAUUACAUCAAAAGGUCAAAUAUUGACACCUGUAACUCCCACACAAAUGAAAGCUUUAAAAAGUGGAGUCCAAGGUACGAAAAAGAUACAGUUACAUUCACAAAAAAUAAUCAUACCAGCCGGUUCCACGCCAACGAAAUCUACCCUACCGUCAAUACCAGGAGCUAAAACAAAAACAGUUUUAGUGAAAGGUCAACGUCAUAUCGUACAGAAAGUUCAACCAAAUACAUCAACUCCACCUGGUCAAUUACGAACGGUUGUACAAAAGAGUCCUGCAUUAAAAACAAUAUCGACCCCUACUUCAAUCUCACCGGUAAUAACGGGCAAACAGAAAUUAACAAUUGCACCUAAAACGCCAAAUGUAAUUAAAAGACAAAUUAUUCGUCAACAAGGCACGCCGUCACAACAACCACAACGUAUUAUUUUACAAAAAAUGUCAUCUUCUGAUGUUAAAACUCCAUCUCCAGUUCAGCGACCUCCGCAACAAAAACUCGUUGAACAAAAACAAUUUAUAAAAUCUACACGACCAUUGCCAAGCCCAAUUAUAACAUCAAGUCAAAGUGUUCCACCAUUAGUACCGCUUUCAUCUAGUCAGCCAAAAACAACUGAGUCAACACUGUCUCAGAGUAUAAACAUUGAACCAACGCCGUCUAUAUCUAGUGGUGAUACUUCUGUCCAUUCACCUAAACAACUGAUAAUCCAAGAUGAUAUGGGAAAUCAAACAAGUAUUACUCAAGGUCAAAUAUUAGCUGUACCUGGUGGAGAAGUGGUAGACGGUCAACCUCAAUCGUAUAUGUUGGUGACUGUAGACGAAUCUGGAAAUUUAUUACCUUUAGAUAAUCAAGCACUCAUGGCUUUAGAUCCAAAUUUAAUUGGACCUGAUGGUAAUGUUAUGCUCCAAUUUAAUCAAGGUUUAAAUACAUCUACGUCAGAUACAUCGACUGCUUUAACACAAACUACCACAGAUGUGUUAUCGGCAGGUACUGAAACAGAAAUUCCUAAAAAACAGACUGACAUGUUAUCCGAAGCAACAAAUACUCAAGACUAUCAACAAUUAUUAAUAACUGAUGAUCAACAGAAUUUAAUAGCUCUUGGGGCUGAACAACAACUAUUAAUGACAGAUAAUCAAAAUUUAAUAUUAGCUGAUCAAACAGUUUUACAAGAUCCGAAAGUUACCCUUCCAGCAUCCGAUCAAGCUGUUACCUAUAGUAUUGCAAAUGCUGAAGACGGACAACAAAUAUUUAUAUCAGGUGAUCCAGAAAAAGCUCAACAUUUAAUAAAUGCUUUAGCAUCUGGUAGCCAAGAUUUAAGUCAAAUUAUGUCUGGUACUGAAGGUAAUUUAAUAAUCAAUGCGGAUGGACAACAUAUUAUUUUAAAUACAGAAAGUGCUGCAGGUGCUGAGCAAAUUAUUUUGGCUACUUCUACAGAUGGUUUUGCUCUAUCUGAAAAUUAUACACCCGACUUUGCAACACAAGUAACUACAAAUCAAGAUAUUUUAGCUGCGGCAUUAGCAAAUACAGUAUUUCCACAAGAAAGUGCUAUAACUGAAGGUCUGAACAUUGUGACAAGUGCUACUGGCGGACCAUUAAUGUCAACUACAUCAGAACUUAGUCCUUCGUUAUAUCAAAAUAUGCAAUUACCAAAUUUACCUAGUGGAGCUGUUUUAGAAACAUCAUUAACAAAUUUGGCACCAAUAAUGUCUCCAUUAGAGGUACCGACAAGUGGUACGAGUAAAAAAGUACCACUUGAUAUUGAAACCACAAGUCAAGUACCUAAAUCCUUGGAAUUACCAAUUACAAUAACUGAUCCAAACAUAGCGCAAACAGUGAAUUCACAAUUGGCGAAUGAAUUACAAACAAAUUUGGGACUGCCAAUCACCAUAACUGAUCCCAAUAUUUCGAAUGUACGAAAUUCUGAAUUGACAACUUCAACAUUUGGAUAUUCUUUACCGAAUAUUGAAGAUUCAGUUCAGGUAUCCGGUACAUCUAGUGCUGGUCCAAUUUCAAUGCCAUUAUUGACGGAAGAUUUAGAAUCAGAAACAGCACAAUUACAAAAAAGUGAAAGCGCCAAAAACAAAGAUAAUGAAAUCGAAACCCAACCAGAGGAGUUAACAAAUAUAUUUGAACCAUCUGAAACGAAUAGUCAACCAAAUAAAAUUCAAGUCGAAGAAAUUGAAAAUUCUGGCAAUGGUUUAGAUGUGUUAGCAAGUGUAACAACAGCAUCCGGUAUGAUAAAUGUAGCGGAAAGUAAUUCAGAAUUAGAACAUAUAUUCGCUGAGAAAAAAGACGAUCAACAAUUGCCAGCGAAUGUUUUUGCACAGAAUCCAUCAUUCGAUAAUGACAUUGACGAAAACAAAGAAACAAAUAACGAGAAUACAAUGCAUCAUCAUCCUCAUGACGAUGAAGAUUCAUUUUCACGAUCACAGCUAACCGAUCAUUUUGUGUUAGGAUCACCGCACAGUGAAAUCGAUGCAAAUUCCGAUGAGAUAUCAAUACAACCAUCUAUUGUCACCGAAGAAGGUAACAAUAGUAAUCAGUCAUUGUCCGAGCGUAGUACUAACUCAUUAAAGCGUGGUUUUGAUGGUUUAGAAGAAGACGAUGAAUGUGAUGAUAAUAAAAAGUCUAAAUUUGAUAUAAGUUAGAAACCGAUGACAGUUUAAUACAUUUUUGGUGAAUGUAAAUACAAUUUUCGUAAAAAAAUAUUUUUUUUAAACAAUUUGAAAAAAAAAUUGUAUAUUUAUAUAAAAAUAGGUUAAAAAAAAUACAAAAAUAGGUGAAUUUCGUGUAAUUUCCCUUCCGCGUUUAAGCGUUCAUUAGAGCGUAAACGUAUUAAAAUAUUUAAUUAUACAUCGCUUACAACAAAUCAAAACU